AUGGUAGCAAAAUCAAUUAUUGUUACGGGAGCGUCAAGAGGGCUAGGUAGAGCAAUAGCAAUAGAACUAAUUAAAAAAUUUAAUAAUAAUGUAAUAGCAAUAUCUCGUACACAGAAAGAUUUAUUAGAAUUGAAGCAAUAUGUUGAGAAUGAUUUAAAAGAGAAAGGUAAAAUUGAAAUAGUUGUUGGAGAUGUUACAAAUGAGCGGGUUAUAGAAGAAGCGAUCGGGAAAUCUAUUAAAUUAUGGGGAAAAUUAGAUGGUGUUAUUGCAAAUGCUGGAGUUCUUCCUAUUGGUAAAGUGGCGGACUGCAAUAUAGAUGAAUGGAAACGAAGUUUUGAUAUAAAUUUCUUUUCAGUAAUUGUUUUAAUUCAAAAAUCAAUAUCGCAAUUAAGGCAAAAUAAGGGAGUCUUUGUUACGGUAUCGUCCGGAUCAGCUAAUAAAUCAUAUUGUGGAUGGUGUCCAUAUGUUGCAGUUGAAGAACCUGAUAUCGUGGCAAUAGCACUACGUCCCGGAAUUGUCGAUACUGAAAUGCAAAGAUUUUUACGCGAAAAAGGCAUGGAACUGGGAAUGAGUAGAUCAGAAUAUGAUCAAUUUGUAAAUUUAUAUGAAUCAAAUAAUCUAGUUCCUGCUGAACGUCCAGCCCAUGUUUUUGCUUCUUUGGUUUCUUGUGCUGGUGAAGGAAUUGAUUCUAUUAAACAUUUAAGUGGUAAAUACUUUAGUUGGGAUGAUCUUGAAAUGGAAAUUCAUAGGGAAAAA